UGAGCAGCAGAGAGACUCUGACACAUCUCUGGGACCUGCAAUGACAAGUCAGAACAGUAGCCAUGCAGAGAAAACUGGUGAAAUGUCCUCAAAGCAGUCAGCACCAAAAGUACAGGUCCAGCGAUCUGUCUCCCGAGAAACCAUUACUAUUCAUUUCUCUGCAUUUGGGAAGGAGGAAGAAGAGGAGGAAGAAGAGUUUAAGGAGAUUCUUGAUGAGGAUCUAGAUGACCAAAGCAUUGUAACAGCACUUGAAGCCAAGGAAGACCUCUGCUUUGAGCAUAGUGGCCAUGAUAUUUCUGGUCCAGCUACCUCGCUUAACAUGGCCAAGUCUGCAUCACUACUGUCCUCAUCACCUGCAGUUCUGCCAACUGCUGACACUGUAAAGCCGUUGGAUUCUCCUUCCAUAUCCCAAGUAUUCAGUGCAGUGCCACUAGUUUUGUCUCCUUCAUCACAUUCGUGUCAUGUAGUUAGCUCCUCAUCAGCAUCUCCAGAACACAAAGCCAACCCGUCGUCUUCCCCAUCCUCAUCCCCUUCCAGGUCAGUCGUUUGCUCUAGUGCAUCAUCCACAGUUUCUAGCUCAAAGCCUUUUAAGAGUUUAGUCAAGUCCCUUUCAACAGAUGUGGAACCAAAAGAACCCACCCCACCGAUGAGACACAGACACUUAAUGAAAACCUUAGUGAAAUCUCUGUCUACAGACACCUCUAAACAAGAAUCUGAAGUUGUGUCUUACAGACCCCCUGACUCAAAACUGAACUUGCAUCUUUUCAAACAGUUCACUCAACCUCGAGCUACAGGUGGUGAUUCUAAAACUGCCCCUUCAUCCCCAUUAACAUCUCCUUCUGACACUCGUUCCUUUUUUAAAGUACCUGAAAUGGAGGCUAAAAUUGAAGAUACUAAAAGACGCCUUUCUGAAGUAAUCUAUGAGCCUUUUCAGCUGCUCAGUAAAAUAAUGGGUGACGAAAGUAGUAGCCACAGGCCCAAAGCCUUAUCUUCAAGUGCUUCAGAACUCUCAAACCUUUCCAGUUUGAAUGGCCAUUUGGAAAGCAAUAACAACUACAGCAUUAAGGAAGAAGAAUGUGAUUCUGAGGGGGACUACUAUGGCAGUGACUCUAACCUGAGUAAAAAUGAUCAGUCAAAAACAGUUGAGGAACAUGUAAAAGAGACGGAGACCAAAAGCUCUCAGUCUGCAAGCACAAAGGAUGCGAAUAUGAAAACUUUACUAGUACUUGAAAAAUGUUCGUUGUCUGCACUAGCAAGCAAAGAGGAUGAGGAGUUUUGUGAACUUUAUUCUGAAGAUUUCUGCUUGUUAGAGGAUGAAAGCAAAACUGAUAAACCUACUGAAACUGCGCUUCAUCCAGAGGUGACUGAGGAAAAUGGUACUAUGCUUAGUAGUGAAGAUGAAAAUAAUCUAUAUGAGCAAGAGCCUAAAAUACCAGUGAAAACUUUGUACUUCUUAACACUGUUAGUCUAUGCUUACUUUAUUAUCCCUCUCCCUGGCUACUUAAGUGGACUCUUACUUGGAAUUGCCCUUGGAUUUAUGGUAGCUAUCUGUGUGAUUUGGCUUCUUACUCCACGUACUCCUGACUAUCUCAGAUUGCGUAGAAGUUUGAGAAAGCAAUGGAACACAGAAGCUCUAGACAUCAAAGAACCUGAAAUACUGAAGGGAUGGAUGAAUGAAAUUUACAAUUACGAUCCAGAAACGUAUCACGCUACUUUGACUCACUCUGUCUACGUGCGUCUUGAAGGAAGCACCUUAAGACUUUCAAAACCCAAUAAAAAUAUUUCUAGAAGGGCUAUUUACAACGAGCCAAAGCCUGAAGUUACAUAUGUCAGCCAGAAAAUAUAUGAGCUUACAGAGAGCAAGAUUUCCCUGGUUCCCAAGAGUCUGGCAAGAAAACGAAUUUGGAAUAAGAAGUACCCGAUUUGCAUUGAACUAGCUAGACAGGAUGACUUCAUGGCUAAGGCCCAGACUGAUAAAGAGAAUGCAGAAGAAAAGUUAGCUGCAGAAAAGACAGACUUGAGCAACGAAGAAGCCAAGAAACUUCAGGAUGGGGCAAAAUCCACUAGCCACAAGGAUCAAGUACUUUACCUCUUUGGCAGGACUGGUAGGGAGAAGGAGGAAUGGUUCAGGAGAUUCCUCCUAGCAUCCAGGCUGAAGUCUGAAGCAAAGAAGCCAUCCAAGCCAGGGAUCUUGCCAACAGCUAGCAGGGCUGACAGUCAGUCUGGAGCUCUUGCACACAGCCGGAGCAGCAGCAAGGGGAGCGCAGAAGAAAUCACGGCCCAGCCGAAGCACAAGGAUCUGGCUGUCAAUGUGCGACAGAAGAUGCUUCUGGACUACAAUGUCUAUAUGGCCAAAUGCAUUCCACGGGAAAAGAAAAGCCCUUCAGGUAGUCCAGUCGUCAGUGCAGAGAGCAGCCCUACAGCUGUGAAAAAGUUGCCAGAUGCCCAUGUAGCAGCUGAAGAAAAAGAAGAAGAAGAAGAAGAAGAACAGGAGGCAUGGGUGAAUGCUUUCGUUGGAAGAAUAUUUUGGGAUUUUUUAGGAGAAAAGUAUUGGUCUGAUCUAGUGUCCAAGAAGAUCCAGAUGAAACUCAGCAAAAUAAAGCUGCCAUACUUUAUGAAUGAACUAACUCUAACUGAACUUGAUAUGGGGAUAGCAGUGCCGAAGAUCCUUCAAGCCUUCAAACCUUCUGUUGAUCACAAAGGACUUUGGAUUGAUUUGGAAAUGUCCUACAAUGGGUCUUUUCUAAUGACCCUGGAGACCAAAAUGAACUUGACUAAACUGGGUAAAGAGCCUCUUGGUGAAGCACUGAAAGUUGGAGAGAUCGGCAAAGAAGGUUUCAGGCCAAGGGUGUAUUGUCUUGCAGACAGCGAUGAGGAAUCCUCCAGUGCUGGGUCUUCAGAAGAGGAUGAUGCUCCUGAGUUGGCAGGAGAGAAGCAGCAGACUCCAGGAGCAGAAGGGUAUGUCGGAGGACAUCGGACAAGUAAGAUCAUGAGGAUUGUGGAUAAAAUAACUAAGUCAAAAUACUUUCAAAAAGCAACAGAGACUGAAUUUAUUAAGAAGAAAAUUGAAGAGGUCUCCAAUACUCCCUUGCUGUACGGCUUUCGGAGACCUCCCUACCUGGAGCUAAAAGCUCGGCCAAAGCUUGGUGAGAGAGAAGUGACCCUGGUCCAUGUAACUGACUGGAUAGAGAAGAAACUGGAACAAGAGUUUCAGAAAAUCUUUGUCAUGCCAAACAUGGAUGAUGUUUAUAUUCCUUUAAUGCACUCAGCCAUGGAUCCCCGCUCUUCUACAUGCCCUCCUAAAGAUCUGACCACGGAGGACCCUGAUCAACCAUGACAUGUGAAGACUCUUGUGGUUUACAGUAUUACAAAAUUUAUUCUCAUGGUUUUAUGAACUGUGCUCUAGUUCUCAUCCUUAACUUGUGCCACUUUUUUUUUUUCCCCUCUCCCCCCAGGCCCAAGAACUGCCUAUG